AUGGAGCCGGACUUAAAAGUGUUUCAGAAACAAGCUGUCCCUAAAGCUUCUUCAUGUGAGACUGAUCUUCAGGAAUUAGUGCAUCAAAUUGACAUCAUAAUAAACAGCAAGAAAGUGGAGUGGGAAAGGAAGAUGAAAGCUUUAGAAGCAAAGAUGGAUAUCCAGGAUCAAGAAUUAGCAAGUGUCCAAAGCAAACUGGAUCAAAAAGGUCAAGAGGUGGGGCUACUUCAACAGAAACUAGAAGACUUGCAGAAAACUAAAUAUGAAAUGGUUCAAAAUUAUGAAACUCAGCUUCAAGUGCUGCAAUCCCAAUUCUCAAAGUUGAGACAUAGUUAUGAAAAGUUACAGUCACAUCACUUAAAGCAAAAAAAGCUUGAAAGUAGAGAAAAACAUGAGAAAAGCCUGGAGACACCACCUGAACUCAGAAAUUUAUGUAAGAACCUGGAGGAAUUUAAAGCAAAAUCAAGAGAAUGGGAUAAGAAUGAGACAAUUUACCAGAAUUAUUGUAUUUAUUUAGAUACUCAACAAAAAUUGUUGUCUGAGAAAUGUAAUGAAUUUCAGAAGCAGACCCAGAAUUAUCCAUUCCAAAUAAGCAGUAAGAAACAAAACCAAGAAGAGGUAAUUACCUAUGGCCAGCACGACAGUGAAAAGGAUGAGUUCAUUAUUGAAAAGCUAAAGGCAACUGUGAAUGAAAUUGCAAUAAACAAGAAUAAACUAGAAGAAGAAAACCUGAAGCUCCAUGAGGAUCUAAAAAUGUACCAAAAGCAGUGCCAGAACAUGGAGGCAGGCUUUUCAGAAAUGAGAAAUGAGUUGCAGUCACGAGAUGCUCUCUGGAGAAGGAUGCAGCUGGAAUGCCAACAGUUGCAUACAGAAUUGCUGAAAAUCAGAGAGUAUAAAGAUAUGCAGGAAAUUCAAAUGAAGAAUCAAUCAUCUUGUGUACAACUUACUGAGCAACUAGAAAAUAAAAGCACUGAGUUAUUACUAUUGGCACAAAGUCAAGAAUGCCAACGAGAAGAACUGAACAAGAUAAGAAACCAUCUUCAUCGAGAGGAGCAGUCCCAUUGCUCUGAGCAGGAAAGAAUGAAGACAGAAAUCUCUGACCUGACAGAAGAGCUUCAUCAGAAAGAGAUUACUAUAGCAACUAUCAUGGAGAAAGCUAGUCUUCUGGAAAAGCAGUUAAAAAUGGAGUUAGAGAUGAAAGACAAAUUGUUAGCAAAACAACAGCUGCUGGAUUUCCAAUACAAGGUUAUCAAAUCUGAAAAUGCACAUCUAAGAGAGAUGGUGGACAACCAGGAGUGUAAAAGUCACAUGAGUAUAGAUUUAUCUAACAAAAAACAUGGAGAUUUCACAGCUUCCAUGUGCAAACUGGAGCAUGACAACGUAAGACUACAAAAUAGUCUUGUUAAACUACAAAAUGACACAAGCACGUUGAUGCUGGGUGGCAGGGAUAUGUGUGGAGAAACAGAGCACAGCUACCAAACCUAUUCAAACACUCAAGAAAAGGAAGAGAGAGGUCAUGAAAAGAGAACAGAAGAUAAACCUCCCUCACCACCAGUGAGGUAUCCUUUGGGUUUUGGUGUCCAGUUUCCUGAAAAGGGCAGAACAGGCAGCUUGCUGAGCCCUGCUUGCAAUGUGAAAGAAAUUUCAUUUUCAGAUCCCUAUACAUCAGAAACCCUGUCUCAGACUAGAAGGAUGUCAUCCCCUGAGAUGUCCUUCCUUGCAACAACAGAAAAGUUCCUUCAAGAGGAAGAGAAACACACCAGAGAGUUUGAAGAACGUUUAAAUUCACACCUUGAAGAACUGCAAAGGCAUUCUGAAAAUACUCUGCAGAAAUAUGCCAGGAUGCAGCAGAGCAGGCAUACAUAAGCCAAUCACACAAUUCAGAAUAUAAACCCAAGGAAAAACAUUCUAAAAGUGAGCAGAGUUAAUUCAACUCCCUGUGCCCAAAAAAAAAAGUGCAUAACGAUGACUUGCCUUU